AUGCCUGGUAUCUUACCUAUGAAAGUGAUCAAGGUCGGUGGAACUGGCACAACGAGCCGUAUUGCCCAAGCCUGUGACCGAUGCCGAAGUAAGAAAAUCCGCUGCGACGGUGUUCGACCUUGCUGCUCGCAAUGCGCCAACGUGGGCUUCGAGUGCCGCACCAGCGACAAACUGAGUCGCCGGGCCUUCCCACGUGGAUAUACCGAGUCGCUAGAAGAACGAGUUAGGAGUCUGGAAACCGAAGUCAAAGACUUGAAGGAAUUGUUAGAUGAGAAGGACGAGAAGAUCGACGUCUUGUCCCGGAUACAUUCGUUUUCGCCGCCGCACCGAACCCUCUCCGUGCGGUCUCCCUCUGCCUCUGCGACAGCGAGGUCGAGCACCUCGGAUUCAUCGGAUGGUGUGUUCCACGUACAACGAUCAACCACCCGACCAUCCCGACAGUCGGAGAACCCUUUUGUAGGAUUUUCCAGCACCUUGGGAUUUGCUAAUGUCUUUACCGACAAACUUGUCAGUGAAGGGAAAUCAGCAGUAAAGGUUCCGAUAGGGGCACUCACUGCCCUGUCUACCUCGGUAUGCCAGGGUGGCCCCAACCGGGCUGUGAAAACGCCACCCCGCUUGGUGUCGGAUCAACUGAUCAAUAUCUUCUUCCAAGAAUGGGCGCCGCUGUACCCUGUGGUACAUCGUCCGACCAUUUUGAAAGCUUAUGGGCAAUAUGUCAACAACGCCGAGACUCUUCAGCGCGAUCCCCAUGUGAUGGCGCAGUUGAACCUGAUUUUCGGUAUCGCUGCUCUUUCAUCAAUGUCGCGAACCAACCAAGACCCAACUUUCUUUGAAGAAAACUGGUCCGCCACCCUUGAUUCGCUCUCCGGUGAAACGUCAGUUUCCAGCCUGCAGUGCUUUGUUCUCGGUCAGAUCUACUGCAUGACCAAAGGGGACUACCGCACCUUGCUUCGCUACCGUGCCCUUGGUGUAGAUAUUUGUCACCAGCUAGGCAUGCAUGAAAACCAAGAAAGUUCCGCCAACCCGCUCGAUGACGAGACUCGUAAGAAGGUUUUCUGGUCGCAAUAUGUACUCGACCGAUUCUGCUCCGCGCUUACUGGACUACCUGUCCUUUUGCGCGAACAGGAUAUCGAGACUGAGUAUCCGGUUGAUGUGGAUGAUGAGAAUGUCACAGAAACAGGGUUUUUACCAACACUUCCUGGCGAAUCCACUCGCAUUUCUAGUGCUCUUGCUCUCUUCGGAGCUGCAAGGAUCUUGACCAAGGCUUUGGAGGAUCUGUUCCCUUCAAAGUCUGGUUACGAUGUGUACGUUUCGAAGAUGCGCUCGGUGACAGGGCAAUUAGAUGAGUGGCUUCACACACUGCCACCACAUCUUCGUCUUGAGUUUACUCAGGACAAGCCUAGCACGAACGUCACCAGUAGUCGGUCACCGCUUCUGUCACUUGUGUACUAUUUCAUUCGAUCUUUGAUACAUCGCCCGGCCGUCUGCUACGCUGACAGGAACAUUCGCUCUGCGUCUGUUCUAGCGCUGUCCGAUUCCGCGAAGCAUAUCAUUCAGAUCCUUGAGCUUCUUGAUGAGAGGCGUUUGUGUCUGUCUGUCUGUAUCAACAGAAAAGAGCUUAUAUUCUUUUCUGGGCUUGGACUCCUUUGGCAAAUGCUUGAUGUGAAAAGUGAUAGUAAAUUGGCCAAGGAUAGCCAGAAACUGAUUGGAACCGUUAUACAGUACCUCCAAGCAGAAUCCAGCGUGGCGGCUGCGGAAUUCGGCACGCUGUCCAACACUCUGAUUUCUCUCGACAGCGGAAGACAUGCAUCAAUGGGCAAGCAACACAGCCAGGACAUGGUGGCACCAACACAAAAGCCGAACAAGUCCCCCAAGAAACACUUGCAGGCCUUAAAGUCCCGUCUUAUCGCCUGCUCCACCCGUGAUAAGCAGCCUCCAGCCCAACCUUCCCCACAGUCCUCUCGCCGGAACACCAUAUCCGGAACCACACCCCCAGUUAUGGCGCAGUCGCUCCGCUCCCCUAGCUGGAGCAGCCUGCCCCCCUCUCAGCCCGACCACCUCCCCACCCCACACUACCUCACCGACAAAGGCCAUUCCCCCCUGGACCUAGCCUCGGACCCCCGCUUAGCCCCAUCCCUGAACUACGACCACCCACGCUCCAUGUCCUGCUCUACGCCUUCUGACCCCACAGCUGGGGCCAUCACAAUGGCCGACUGGGAGUAUGUGCUAAGUGAUAUGGAUCGCGGAUACUCCAACAUCUUCACAGGCAUCUAUGGCGGCAAAGAAUGCGGCGAAGACCCAGGACCAUUUGCCUCAAUCGCAGCAGAAUACAGCCGCAAACCCAGCGACCUACCCCUAGUCAAUCACCUGCAGAGUGAUAUACACGGCCUCUCGCCCGAAGCGUGGUCUGCCAGCAGCAGCGACUUCGUACAUAAGCAAGAACAUACCACGCAGAGCGUUCUGAGCUAUUCAAGUGAGAGUAUGGGGAGUACCGAGGAGUCUCUGGCGCCCUAUGCUGAUGCCCGGGUCUGUCCUGAGGAUAUGGCUACCAUCGAUCCUUUCCAUACUUUUGCUAUGCAUGGUGAAGAUGAGGUUGAUGAGUUUUCUCUGGUCAAUGGCUGGGACCGACGGCUGGCCGUCUAA